UGUGAGCUUGUCGUCCGAGCGGGAGAGGGCGGUGUGAAGAGCCGGACUCAGACCGGGUCUCUAGCCGACACUCAGGAGGAGGACGCCGGGCAAGUGAAGCUCCGUUACAUCGGUGUGAAAAAGACGUUAACUCACCGGGGGGACCAACACAGCAGCUGCCGGGUUUCUACCGAAUCGAACUUCGAGGGUUCCAAGCGGCGACGUGUCGGUGAAGUCUGCGCUGUCACCCGGGGGCAGCUCGGUCGAGUGGCGGUGGGAGAGAGAGGACUUUCCAGCCCAGGGAACCCCGAAGCGGCCCGGGUGCACAUCCGCCUGUCAGCCGGGGGGAGCCGGGGGAGGGUCCGCGCGGUGUCGGCCCAGCGCAACUUUCGUGGAAGUUUUUGCAGAAAUCCAAUCGCAGGGAGCCGGGUCAACCGGACCGAGACCUCAUGAAUGGAAAUCGGAACAACAGACGACGCUGAAGCCCCGGCCCUCUUUUCUUUGCCACGGCGACCUGGCCAUGGCACCAUCGGGAAGCCCAUCAAGCUUCUGGCCAACUGCUUCCAGGUGGACAUCCCCAAAAUCGAUGUCUACCUGUACGAAGUGGACAUCAAACCGGAUAAAUGUCCCCGGAGAGUCAACAGGGAGGUGGUGGACUCCAUGGUGCAGCAUUUCAAGGUGACUAUCUUCGGUGACCGGCGGCCAGUUUACGAUGGGAAGAGAAGCCUUUACACCGCCAACCCACUUCCUGUCGCCACCAGUGGGGUUGAUCUGGAUGUCACCCUGCCUGGUGAGGGGGGGAAGGACCGCCCGUUCAAAGUCUCCAUCAGGUUUGUGUCACUGGUCAGCUGGCACAUGCUGCACGAGGUCUUGAAUGGAAACGGCGUGGUGGAACCCCUGGACCUGGACAAACCCAUCAGCACCAAUCCAGUUCACGCUGUGGAUGUGGUCCUUCGACACCUCCCCUCCAUGAAGUACACCCCCGUCGGACGCUCCUUCUUCUCCUCCCCAGAGGGCUACGACCACCCGCUCGGUGGAGGAAGGGAGGUGUGGUUCGGUUUCCAUCAGUCAGUUCGGCCGGCCAUGUGGAAGAUGAUGCUCAACAUUGAUGUGUCGGCCACAGCCUUUUACAAAGCCCAGCCAGUCAUCCAGUUCAUGUGCGAGGUCCUGGACAUUCACAACAUUGAUGAGCAGCCGCGGCCGCUCACCGACUCCCACAGGGUCAAGUUCACCAAAGAAAUCAAAGGUCUUAAAGUGGAAGUGACACACUGUGGAACCAUGCGUAGGAAGUACCGAGUCUGCAAUGUGACACGACGCCCCGCCAGCCUCCAGACGUUUCCAUUGCAGCUGGAGAAUGGUCAGACAGUCGAACGCACGGUGGCGCAGUACUUCAGAGAGAAGUACAGUCUGCAGCUCAAGUAUCCCCACCUGCCCUGCCUGCAGGUGGGCCAGGAGCAGAAACACACCUACCUGCCCCUGGAGGUGUGCAACAUAGUAGCUGGACAGCGCUGCAUCAAGAAGCUAACGGAUAACCAGACGUCCACCAUGAUCAAAGCAACAGCUCGCUCUGCACCGGACCGGCAGGAGGAGAUCAGCCGGCUGGUGCGGAGCGCGAACUACGAGGCCGACCCGUUUGUCCAGGAGUUUCAGUUCCGCGUGCGAGACGAGAUGGCUCAGGUGAUGGGCCGCGUGCUGCCGGCCCCCAUGCUGCAGUACGGCGGCAGGGUGAGCUCUGAGCCGUUUAUGUCCCGGCAGAUCAACCCUGCACUGUCGUUUCAGAACCGCACGGUGGCCACGCCCAGCCACGGCGUGUGGGACAUGAGGGGGAAGCAGUUCCACACGGGAGUGGAGAUCAAGAUGUGGGCCAUCGCCUGCUUCGCCACACAGAGGCAGUGCAGAGAGGAGAUCCUCAAGAGCUUCACUGACCAGCUGAGGAAGAUCUCAAAGGAUGCUGGGAUGCCGAUCCAGGGUCAGCCGUGCUUCUGUAAAUACGCCCAGGGAGCCGACAGCGUGGAGCCCAUGUUCCGACACCUGAAGAACACCUACGCUGGGCUGCAGCUCAUCAUUGUUAUCCUGCCCGGGAAAACACCCGUCUAUGCUGAGGUGAAGCGGGUGGGCGACACCCUCCUCGGCAUGGCCACCCAGUGCGUCCAGGUGAAGAACGUGGUGAAGACGUCGCCUCAGACCCUCUCCAACCUCUGCCUCAAGAUCAACGUCAAACUGGGAGGAAUCAACAACAUCCUGGUUCCACACCAGCGGCCGUCUGUGUUCCAGCAGCCUGUCAUCUUCCUCGGGGCUGAUGUCACUCAUCCUCCAGCCGGUGACGGGAAGAAACCAUCGAUUGCAGCGGUGGUGGGCAGCAUGGACGCCCACCCCAGCCGGUACUGUGCCACAGUGCGGGUGCAGAGGCCCAGACAGGAGAUCAUCCAGGACUUGGCCUCUAUGGUGCGAGACCUUUUGAUCCAGUUCUACAAGUCGACGCGCUACAAGCCGACCAGGAUCAUCUUCUACAGGGACGGCGUGUCGGAGGGCCAGUUCAGACAGGUGCUGUACUAUGAGCUGCUGGCGAUCAGGGAGGCUUGCAUCAGCCUGGAGAAAGAAUACCAGCCGGGGAUCACGUACAUCGUCGUGCAGAAACGCCAUCACACACGCCUCUUCUGUGCGGAUCGCAACGAGCGGGUUGGACGAAGUGGAAACAUUCCUGCCGGCACCACGGUGGACACAGACAUCACCCACCCCUACGAAUUUGACUUUUACCUCUGCAGUCAUGCUGGGAUCCAGGGUACGAGUCGGCCGUCUCACUACCACGUUCUGUGGGACGACAACUGCUUCACCGCCGACGAGUUCCAGCUCCUCACCUACCAGCUGUGCCACACCUACGUCCGCUGCACCCGGUCCGUCUCCAUCCCGGCACCGGCCUACUACGCCCACCUGGUGGCGUUCCGUGCCCGCUACCACCUGGUGGACAAAGAGCACGACAGUGCGGAGGGCAGCCACGUCUCAGGGCAGAGCAACGGCCGGGACCCCCAGGCGCUGGCCAAAGCCGUUCAGAUCCACCACGACACAUUGAGUACCAUGUACUUCGCCUGAAGCCCUCCACCUUUCUCAGUCGCUCAGC